CAGCAGUUGCCCCUCAUCCUCUGCUCAUGCAUUUAUACUCAGAUACUAAAUCAUACUUUUAGUCCUUUUCUUCCACAGGGGAAACACAAUGGACUGGACAAUAAUAGUUUUCCUGUCAGUGUUAAAAACAGGACUUUGUUUCAAUAUUGAUCCCGUGGCCUGGAAGUCAUGGAGUCAUGCCGCUGCAGAGUUUGGCUACAAGGUGGUGCAAAGACGGUCGGACUUGCUCGUCAGUGCUCCGCUUGCACAGUACUCACCAUUUGGAAGAGGGCAAAUAUACAGGUGCUCACCUGCUUCCUUUCAAAAGCUGCAGAUUCAAGUGCCAGAAUAUGCAGUCAACAUGUCCCUUGGUUUGACAAUGACGAGUGACCCUGACACACAAUCAACUCUGGUAUGUGGACCAACCAUCCCAAAGGACUGCACAAGUAUCACCAUGUACAAUGGCGCAUGCAUUAAGAUAGAACGCUCUAAUGGUGUUGGACCCCUUGUGCCUCCUUCUCCUCGAGACUGCCGAACACAAGCUGAUAUUGCUUUUCUCCUUGACGGCUCAGGCAGCGUAUCUUCGGGUGAUUUUAUAAAAAUGAAGCAGUUUGUGAAAAACUUGGUUCGCCCAUUUGUGGGAAAAGAUGCACAGUUUGCUGUUGCACAGUUCUCAUUUGAACCCCAGGUCCACUUUUACUUCAACAAUUUUUUCUCAUCUGGUAAUUGGGAGACGAGAAUUGAUAAUAUUCUUCAACUACAGGGAGGAACUUACACAGCUAAAGCCAUCAAAUAUGUGGUCAACAACAUUUUCACAUCAGAACAUGGUUCCAGAUCAAAUGUGAAGAGGAUCUUGAUUGUCAUUACUGAUGGAGCAUCUAAUGACCGUGGCAGCCUGAAAUCUGCAGCAUCCUCAGCUGAGAAGGAAAAGAUUGUUCGAUUUGCUAUAGGGGUGGGGGACGCAUUCAGUGAUGCUGGUGCAAAAAAGGAACUGCAAACCAUUGCAUCUAAUCCUGCCCAAAACCACGUCUUUCAAGUGGGGAGCUUUGAUGCACUUGAAGAAAUAAGGAAAAAUUUAGAGGACCAAAUUUUUGCUAUAGAAGGAUCUCAGACCAGUGGAGACUCGUUGAAAUUGGAGAUGGCUCAAGAGGGAUUCAGUGCUGCUUUUGUGCCUGGGGGAAUUCAAAUGGGUGUUGUUGGCGCCAACGAGUGGAAAGGAGGCUUCCUGCAAUACACCAACGUAGGAGAGAGACUGGCAUCAUAUCUGCCCAAAUAUAAUAUGGAGCCGGACAGUUAUUUGGGUUAUUCCAUGGCAGUUGCUAGAACCCCACAGGGGACACUGACAAUUAUUGGUGCUCCGAGAUAUCAGCACAGAGGAGUUGUGUUGGCACUUCAGUCCAAUGUCCCUCAAAAGAUUGAUCCCUUUCCAUGGCAGUUCCAGACCGGGGAAUAUUUUGGGGCAGAGGUUUGUGCCAUGGAUGUGAACGGUGACCGCUACACUGACCUCGUCCUCAUAUCUGCCCCGAUGUACAAGGACACUGAUAGAGAUGGAAGAGUUUAUGUUUGCAUUCUGACUGGUUUGAGUGUAGAGUGUCACUUUGAUUCUCCUUUGGUACUGAGAGGGGAUGCGUCUGAUGGAGGACGGUUUGGCUCUGCAGUCGCUGUGCUGUCUGAUCUGAACACAGACGGACUCAACGAUGUGGCGAUCGGAGCUCCACUGGAGAAUGACGGUCAAGGAAGCCUCUAUAUAUUCCAUGGUGAAGGAGGACAGAGAAUCAGUGAUACUUACUCACAGAGAAUUGCUGGCUCCGAAGUCCAGCCCGGACUCAGGUUCUUCGGCAGGUCCAUCGGUCAUUCGUCCUUUGACCACAGUGGAGACAAUCUGCCGGACAUAGCAGUGGGUUCAAAGGGCAAGGUUUUCUUACUCAGAUCAAGGCCUAUAGUGAUGGUAGAGGUGACAGUGUCCUUUAGUCCAAACCACAUUCCUACUCAAAACACAGUGUGCUCUGUCCCACUGAAAAACACAGCUCAGGUGUGCUUCGUCAUGACCAUGCUUUCUACAGCACCCACAGCACAAGCAAAGAUCAAUUACACAUUAACACUGGAUGCCACGCGCAAGCCCCCAAACAACCGAGCUUUCAUCAGUGGCAAACAGCGAGAGAAGACUGGCUCCACUGAUUUAGACUUAAAUGGGAGAAAAUGUAUCCAGGUGGAGUUCUCUAUCGAGGCUUGUCCAGAUGAUGCUCUCAAUGAAAUUAACAACGAGCUCAAAUUCACCUUUGAUGGUUUGGCCUCAAACACAGUUGGCCUUAAACCAAGUCUCUCCCAGCAGGCUAAAAAAACAACCUUUCAUUCUUUGGGGUUUGAGAUCAACUGUGGCUCUGACAACGAAUGUGUGGACAACCUGAAGGUGGAUUUCAACUUCACCAGAUCAUUGGAGGUUAAAGUGGGCAUUGAUGAACUCUUGAAUGUCACUGUGUUUGUGGAGAACAGUGAGGAAAACUCCUACAACAGCCAGCUUAUCCUCACCUACCCAGCCAGCCUCUCCUACAGGAAGUUCACCAGUCUGCAGGGAAAUAUUGAGUGCAACUCCUUGGACAGUGAGGAUGGAUUAAUGCAAGGAAGAACCCAGUGCAGCGUCAACAAGCCCAUUUUCAAGAGCAACACUGAGGCUGUCUUCAUUGUCUCAUAUGGGAUUGAAAACAGUAGAGGACUUGAGAGGAGAAUUUUCAUCACAGCAAAUGCUACCAGUCAGAACCAGGAUCACUCCAGUUCCAGUGACCUGUAUAAGACUAAAGGGAUCGAUGUGAAGUACAGCAUUUUUGUUACGAUGGAAAGCUCCCUCAGCUACGUCAAUUUCACCUUUGGAAAGAAUGAUUUGCAGAAACCACUCCAACAAACAAUUCUGGUGACGAAUGACAUCAGAGCGCUGAACUUCACCGUGGUGAUCCGGGUGCCAGUGAAGCUCGGUGACCAAGACGUCUGGGUGGAUUCUGACAGUUUACAGAUUCCACAGUGCCGAGCCGUCACGGACGAACAGUUCCCUGUUGCAGAUUUUGUCUCUGUGGUGCAGAAAAGUAAAGUGGUGGACUGCUCUGUGGCCACGUGCCGAGUGUUCCGCUGCACCAGGUUCAUGGGAAGACUGGAGAGUGUGAAGUACACAAUCUCUGGCAACCUUAGUUCAAACUGGAUUGAGCAGAUUAAACUUCCCUCUGCCAAAUUCCUCCUGACCAGCACAGCCAGUCUGGAGUAUGACACAAACCAGUACAUCUUCUUUUCAACAGGCUCUCAAUUCAACUCUCCCAUUCACAGGAUUGAAGCAGAGGUCGAAGUGUAUCCUGAACCAAACUUCACUAAAGAAAUUGUUGGCGGUGUGUUCGGAGGAUUGGCCCUGCUCGCUUUACUCACUGCUGGCCUCUACAAGGCUGGAUUUUUCAAGAGUAAAUACAAGCAGAUGAUUCAUGAAAGUGCAGAGGGAGAAGCGGCCGAUGGAGGUGCACCAGAACCAGAACCAGAACCAGAACAACAAACAUAAAAUAACAAUAUGUUGAUAACAUUCAGAGUGACACUGCUUUUACUCACGAGUGUAGUCAUAUCUUCUUAAUGGAUAAAAAACAUUUUUUUUUAAAUUUUAAAAAUUACUUCACUCACUGAAGUGUUUAGUAAGUAAAGCUUUAUUUGUAUAGCACCUUUAAAGCAGCAAUUUACAAAGUGCUGUCACAUACAUAAUAAAAAUACACAGAAAGGAAGAAAGCAAUGAGAUUAAAGGAUAAACACCGGUGAACACUCAGAUAAAAAGAUUUACAUCUCACAGCGUGUGACCAGGGCGCUAACAUAACACAUUCUAAUAAAUAGUGAAGGGUUUCUGUGGUGCACCGUUUUACAUGCGGUCAUAUUAUGAACACAUGUAAAUGAUUUAGAUGUGUGAAUGUGAGUGCAGUGGAAGAUUCAUGUGUUCAUUUGUGGAUUUUGUUUCCUGGUAAAACUCGAUAUAGUAUGAUCUACAGAGACCUGAACAUGUUGCAUUCCCUUCCAAAACAUUGUGUUCCCUCAGUGGUCAGUGGUCAGUGGUCAGUGUGGUCCCUUGCAAUACUUUAGUUUGAAUGUAAUACUGCGGUGGCCCUGCCUGGCCAUGCACGGCACUUGCUACCUGCAAGACCUCAGUGGCCAAACUCCUGCUCCACCCUCCCGCUCCACCCUCCUGCUCCACACUCUUGCUCCACCCUCCUGCUCCACCCUCCUGCUCCACACUCCUGCUCCACCCUCCUGCUCCACACUCCUGCUCCACCCUCCUGCUCCACACUCCUGCUCCACCCUCCUGCUCCACACUCCUGCUCCACACUCCUACAAAUAAAAGACUACAAGAUACGGACAUAUAUAUAUAUAUUGCAGCCAUUUAUUUCGUAGCACCAUUUAUUGGAGCCACGGGGCUGCGGAGCCUCUGGGAGGGCCACAGCAGGGGCAACAGAGAGGAGAGUAAACAAAAGUUAUUGUGAGGGAACACAUAGUGGGAAGGCAACAUUUACUCAUUGAUGAAAUGGGGAUAAAAUAUUUGACCUGUCUUUUCUUUACCUGGGCUUUUAUUAAUGAUUAGGAAUCCCUUUCUUGUGGCUGGUUGCUUUAUCAUAGACUAUUAUGGCUGUGACUGAAGAUGAAUUUGCUGCCUGUGGUUCAGAGGUGUAGCCUCGUAUGGACAAUGACUGCUCAACAUCGGAAUAAAUAACUUUUAACUAAAACAUUUCCUCCUCAGUAGCUUUGACAUUUGCUUAAAUAUAAUGGAACUUUUAUUGAAAAACCUUAUGUGAACAAAUCUGAUUAUAUGUGAGGAUAUAAUCUCAGAUAUCAGAUAUCUCAGAAGAGGAUAUAUAUCAUAGUUGCUCAGAAAAAGACAUGUGCUUUGUGGUUCUUCAAUUUUAUUGUGUGACUUCAAACAUCUUUAAUAAUGUUUUAAUAAUGUUAUUCAACGACAACAGGUACAUAGAGUAAAUUAUAUGAAAUAUACAAUUACUUGUACUAACAGUAAAAUACAUUCUGCUAUUCUAAAUGAGUAAACGUGUAUAAUAUAAAUACAAACCAUCUUGUGAUGUGUUCUCUAUUGUUUGACCACAGGAUUUCAAGUGCAUUAACAGUACAGAAUAUACAUGAGGGAUUAUGAGAGGGCUCAGAGCUGUCAGCUUGACUUUUCAGCACAAAUAUCCCUGAACAACAAACCUCAUUACAACUGGAACAUGAUGAUAAUAAUGACAGUGAAAGGGAAAAACAAGGAAUUGGUGAAACCGAGAGUAUUUCCUGUUGCAAACACUGCGGGAGACGGCAUGUCGCCAACUGUCUCCUUUAAGAACGACCCAAAUCUUGAUGUUUUUGAAAAGACCUGAAUAUCAGCACGGACCUUGUUUUCAUUCAUUGUAACGACGGCCACGUGAAACCAAGAUGAGUCCCACUUGCACAGCAGGGGGCUGCCCUGAUCCCCCUGUUAAAAAAAACAAAGUGGAUUCACCAUCAGCAAGGUUCUGACACUUGACUUAAAGACAAAUAGAUGUUGGAAACACUGACAUGUAGGAGUGUAAUGGUACGCAUAAGUCACGGUCGGUUCUCAAAUAUAUAAAAAGUAAAUAUAAUAAUAAAAUAAAGAUAAAUUAUAGUCCAGCAUGUAGAAACAAUACUAACAUCUUUAGUCCCAGCUUGUACUCAGAAAGAAGAUUUAUCCAAAUUCUUAAUAACGACUGCCUAAAUGCCAGGACUUCCUGCUUUUUCCUUGUACUCCUGAUUUCAAAGCAGUUUGACGUAUUACCAGCGGCACAGCCCAUUACAGUGACAUCCAGAGCCGGAUUAAAUAAAUGGACUAUACUAGGCAGACUGUAUUUUUUGGGCCCCCCUCGCUCGAUGUUAUUUAUGAAUUGAAAUCUGAAACUUACCAAAGUUACUAAUAAAAGUUAAUUCACAUUUUACAUAGCGUAGUCUUUGGUUACGAGUUGGUUCUUUGUAUGCCAAAAUAAGUCAUGUGUCAUAUAUUAAACAGUCUAUCAGACUA